AUGGCCACAUUCAACUUCUCCAGGCUUGAGCAAUUCGCAGGCAAUUCCACAUCCAUCAAACGGCCACGAGAAUUUGGUUACUUCUCCUACGACGACGAUCAUGUAUUGAAACCACUUUCUGCGGAGUCCCUCUCGUACUAUUACCCGCCUACAUUCGGUGCUCCUGGAACCUCCGAUACACGUCCGGAUCUCUCAACAGGUUUCGCGACAUUCAGGAAGCGAGAUGAUUCGAUCGACGAGCAUCUCGACGGCUUGCUCGACACAUUGCAAUUGUAUGAAGAACGCCUGCUGGAGAAGGUGCAAUCUGGCGAAUGCGAGCUGCGAGAUGUCCGUGUCAAAGCAGAUAUCGUCACAUAUCGGGGCAUGAUGACCAAGGCAGGCAUCCCAUGCUACCACUUCGAAAUCCUCUCCGUCCUCCCAAAGCCAUGGGCGGAUUGCACACGCGAGGAAAUCGAGUGCCGGGAAUCAAAAGUCGUCAGCAACCACGCCCAGUACUGCAGCAUAGCACGCACCAGUAUCGGCACAACCAGCUUGAUCCUCGCAGGCGAAGUCGACGCAGUCUUGGGUGAGAAGCCGGAGAAUUCAGAUACUCCCAUCCCUUGGGUCGAGCUCAAGACUUCUGCGGAACCCAACUUCAAUACUCCUCGAGGACCCGCGAACUACGAACGGAAGUUGCUCAAAUACUGGGCUCAAUCAUUCUUACUCGGCGUACCCAAAAUCAUGGUCGGGUAUCGCACGCAGGAUGGACAUCUGACACGGAUAGAGGAACUGGACACGCAGCGUAUACCCUCGCAAGUCAAGCGGGGUAUUCAUUCCUGGGAUGGCAACAUCUGUAUCAACUUAAGCGCAGCAUUUCUAGAGAUGCUGAAGCAGACAGUGGUUGGAGAUGGGGUGUGGCGGAUCAGGCGGGCGAAGAAUGUCCCUGCUAUCGAAAUCGUCAAAGUGGCUGAGACGGGGACUGGCGAGAUAUUGAAGGCGGGUUUCAAGGAGCACCGGGAGAAGCUGAGAGCACUGGAGAUUUCUGCUGCGCUUGGGUAG